AUGCAGUCGAGCCCUGAAUACAACUUCAACUUUCCAACUCCUCUUUUGUAUGGUCCUCCAGCUGUACCAGCAGGCCAUCCAUAUGGUAGGAAUGGUUGGUACACAUGGUGUGGAGGCACAUAUGUAUCCAAGGUGGUCAUCCAACUCUCUGUUUCUGGGGGUGCAGGUCUGAGCGCCUCGACAGAGACUAAUGGUGGAUCUCAAAAGUUGAAAGUUUCACAAGUCUUAAGCCAGAUGGCAACUAUCAACCGUCAGCUAGAUCUUGUGGAGAAUCAGGAACUGCAACACGCACAGGAAGUCUGUGCACUGGAGAUGAGAUGUGCUCAGUGUGUCAAAGCAGUGAAGAAUGAGAUGAAAGCCGAGAUAAGGAGCUUGGAGGAGUUGUUUGAGCAGAAAGUUGCCAGCAUGGUUGCAAGUAUCAACAGUCGCAUUGAUGGAGGAGAAGCAGCUGAUGCUGAGACCGAUGAAGAGUUUGAGAGAGAUGUUGAGAAGAUUGAAAAAAGUGCCCUUGCAUUUGGAGAUAAUGGUCUAAAGGCAGUUGUUUGGAUCAUUUUUCAGAUGCUGAUGGGAAUCGCCAAGCUUACCGCUGAUGUUCUUCCUCCAUACCCAAGUGAUGACGACAACUGGCCGCUUGAUCCUGCCACCAAUGAUUGUUUGAUGUGGUUCUGCUGGACAGAAUCUCAUCAGCAUUCUGAUAAUCACACCAAAAUCCUGUGGGUCAUUGCUUACAUUCAUCAGCAUGGUGCUACCGUUUGCGCUGGCAGCGGUCCUGUUCUUUGUGAUAUAAGUGAAGAGGAUCUGCAUGAACGCGUUGUCAAGAAAUAUCAAGAAUUACAGAAAAAAAAGCACAGCCACACUGGUACAGUCAACAACGCUCCUGCGUCUGAGUCAGCCGUAACAGUCGCAAAACCUUCACGAUCUAAAUUACAGAGUCGUGCAAGAGGCAAACUUGAAGUUCAUAUCCGAAAAUUUGAGAACCUGCCAGAAGGGUCAGAGUUUGGUGAUGAGAAGUAUCACAUGGCACUCAUGGAGUCCUUGAUGUCACAAGAUGAAGACGAGGUUGAUGCGCAGGGACAGAAGACUGGACGUUUCAUUUCCCAUGUGGGAACAUAUCGGAGUGAUAUUAUGGUGAAGUUCUUGGCUGCAGUGGAUGAAGCGGUGGACCCAAACCCACCUCCUCGCUUCACUGUUUGUGUUAAAGAGUGGCUCGCAAAAGAAGAAAACAAGAAGUAUGACUCGCCUAGUUAUAUCCUGGAUAAUGGGUGCACAUGGGGAGAUCCAAAGGAUCCUGAGGAGAUGGUGGCAGGCCAGAAGCAAGUCAAGGAACAGAAGAGGCUGAUUGCAUCGAAGAAGUGUGUGAAAAUUGAGGAGAUGGAGGCGAAGAAGAAGGAAACCGGGACAAAGAAAGGUAAAGGAAAAUCAAAGAUGAUAAGUGACAAAGGGAAGGGACGAGAGAGUAUGCCUGCUCUAGCACAGCCAGUAGCGAGUACUAGCAAAGCUCGUGAGCUGCCACCUGCUGCAGAGUCAGAUGAUGAUUUCAGUGACUAG